GCCCCAUUCUCCUCCUCCUCCCUAUGGGAUCCCCCGGCUCACGACAUCGACAUCGCAGCCUUCGUUAACACCAACGAUCAGCUGCAUGCUCUCAAACACUCGGAUGCCCAGGCACAUGCAAGCAAACACCGUGCUCUCGGCAAGCAAAGAGCCCAAGCAUGGCCUCAGAGUCUCACAGAGCAUGGAGCAAUGCUCGGCUCCUCUACACGGCCACUGAGACUCUACGGAAGGGGGGAGAGGCCGUGCCCCAUGCUGCCUCGACUCACAAGAGAGAGAGAAAGCAACACAGAAAGCCAAAGGAGACCAUCUCUGUAAUCCCAGACACGGGGGAAGCCCAGGGCAAUGAAGGUGAGCACCAAGAGGAGGCCCCUACACCUGGAGACUCUGGGGAAGAGCACGUAGGCCAGGAGCGCCUAGCUCAUCUCCGAAGCCAGCUGCAAGCCCAGCUGUCCAGGGAGCAGCAGGAAGACCACAGCUCUGGCAGCCAGAUAAUUGAGCUGGUGGAGAAAGUCUUUCAUGGGGAGGUAGAAAAUGGAGAGGUGCCUGAAGAUGGCAGCAGUGACCCUGGAAGUACAGCAGGCAGCAUCUGUGCCACAUGCGGGCAACACAGCACCCCGGGGGGCUGCACCAAUGGGGUCCCUUCAGAGCUAGAGAAGAAGCUGAAGAAAGAGCUGACUGCACUGAGGGAAGACGUGACCGCUAGCAUCAAGGCCAUGAGGAAGGACAUGGCUGAGGAGCUGAAAAGCCUGCGUGAGGUCCUAAAAGCCUCUAGUGAGCAUCCUGCACUGCAGACCUCAGAGCUGAGCCCACUGGAAGAGCAGGAUGAGACCACAUCUGACCCUCUGAAGAGCCCUCACUACGGGGUCAGGCAGAGAGAAAAGCUCGGAGUCAAGCUCCCAGCCACUUUGGAGGAGAAGUACAAGUCCCGCUCGGUGCCCUCCCUCCACCCACUGCCUGGGCCCAGCCGAAACCAAGCCCUGCUCCGAGCCAUGACCACAAUUACAGCUAAAAAUGCCCUGACUGGCACCAUAGGGCCCAGAUCCAACUCCGACCCUGUGGAGCCACUGCCGAUAAAACACACCACUGUUCUGCCCCCAGCAAACCUCAAGCCCACACUCAAGAAGCACCCAAAGAAGGUCAUGACACCUUCAGGUGCCAGGAGCCAUCAGGAGAAUGAGAAACGUGGCAACAAGGUGACUGCCAGGAUGGUGACCCCUCACCCACCGCUUCACACUGAUGGCAAUCCUCACUGAGGAACCAGACAGCCAGGCUCGCACCCACCAAGGGGGACUGAAGCAAGAGUGCUAGGAACGACACCCAGUCAGUGAACUUCUCUUUUUCUGGAGAGACUGACAGCCUGCUUACAAAGCACCCCCCAAAUCCUGACUAACUGGAGAGGGUGGGAGGGGGAGAUCUCCCAGGCACUGUCCUAAUGGGAACACAGGAGCAUCCUACACAACACGAAUGCAAAAGCUGAGGCUCACCAGGCCAGCAGGGUUAAGAUGCACCCGUUUCCACAGCCAACACAGCACAGGACGGGGUAUUGUGACUCACUCCAUAUUAGACUGACUCCCCAGCCCAAACAGCCAGGCAUCUAUUUACAGCUGGGUCAACUGGGACAACUUUUGGCAUGAAUGUGGAGCAAGCUCUGCUCGAACGCACACACCUGCAGAGCUGUCUGGAAACAUGUUUACCGCUCGCACCCCACUUACAUAUUUGUGCAUGCCGUCCCCCCGACUGCCGCGACCACCGCAGAGCCAGAACUCGGGCAGCAGGAGAAUGGGCACGUUCUCGAGGAAGCCAGCACAGCAUGGCAAUUUGGAGAGACAAGUCUCACAGGAUUUGGUCACGGCUGCUUUGCGUCUGGUUGUAGUUCAGACAGAUUUACUUCUGCCAGAACAAGAAAUGCUGUAGCUUCGAGGGCUGCUUUCUCUGGAGUGGCAGUAAGUAAUGACUCGUCAGACUGAUUUUUUGGGGCAAAGUAGUGGCAUCUCUGCUUCCUUCUCUAGACAGUUUGAUGUAUAAAUAUGUACUGUGUAUUUGUUAAUUAGCACCUGAAACUUAAACACCUUUCAGUAAAGACAAGCUGAGGCUGCAAUAGCUGUUCAAUGCACAGUAACAACAUGGCACAUUGCCAGGUGUUACAGGACUGCGUAGUGCUGAUAUCUCAUCUGUAAAUAUACUUCAUUUCUACAGUAGCUUCCAGGCCCCCCUUAGGGUCAAAUUCCUGAAAGGCAAAGGCUCACAUGUACACCAGUAGCACACAGAGCUUCAUUGCACUACACCAGGACCACCAGAAGGUUGUGUAAAUGAAGCCUAAGCUUGCCUGGUAGAUUCUCAAGUCACAGAGCUGGUGUUGUGUUUAAAAUGAGAGAUGCUAAACCAAGAAAUGAUUUUUAAACCACAAGCCUUGCAGUCGCUGGGGAGAGACUCUCACUGCCAAGGGAAGGUUUUGAGGCAACAGAACAGGUAUCCAUCCGCCUGCUUAGACACAGGCUGCAGGUGAGUAGAGACCCAAACCCUCAGAUUGUAGCAUCCAUUUGGAAUGCAGGACACAGUCCAGACCUGAUGUUGUCUCAUUAAUAGGCCAAAUCCUGGAUUGGUCCAAACCCAAUAACAGGUCCAACCAAAACCAUGCCGAGGUCCCCAAGGGAUAGACUGAUCCAUACCCUGGGAACAUCUGGAAUCCAGACAUGGAUUCAAACCUUGUAGCCUAGCCCAUCCCCAGUGUAUAUUGUUAAUCACAUGCAUGUGGCGUUGUUACCAGGGAAGGGAGCUGCUGAGCAGCAGUGUUCUUGCAUUAAUAACGUGCUCAGGGGAUGCCUGAUUUCAGGGGCACUGAGUCACUGCAUCUCAGAGGGUAGAAUGCUUUGGUGGCUGCUGAUCAGGGGCAGAUAUACUUGGUCAGAUAUGGUUAUAGGGGAAAGCAGUAGAGGGGUUUCAGACAUCUUAAAGACAAGCAAUAAGGUAGGAAGAACCCCAGCUCAGCUAUGAGGGGUGAGGGCAAGCCAUCCUCUUUAAUUG